AUGUCCGAGCUCGUUAUCGAUGAGAAUACACGCAUUCAAAUUUUGGACUCUAUCGAAUUGCUGGCUCGAGCUAGGAAGCAUCAAUAUGCCGCGUUCAUUCGAUCGGAAAGAGUCCUCUGUGUCUGGGCAGAUGACGUCGAUAUGAUCGUCGCUGCUGCCGAAACAUUGGAAGAGUCGCUCGUACACUUUGUGUGGCGCGGCGAAGCAGAGAAUGCCAAACACAACCAAAUCCUUCUUCUAGACGUGGAGAAACGGAAGGGCUCUCCACCACAAUGGGAUGGAGUCAGGGAAUCGGAAAAACCCAAGCUGGUCGGCCCUGUCAUUUCAGCGCUUGAAGAUAUCACUCUAGCUUAUCACAACGAAACCGGAGAUGAAGACCCGAGCGUUCAACAAAUGAAAGAUUAUUGGCGCGAGCGGCCAGUUAUGCUCAUUGCACCUCUAUCUGAUGCCCUCAGUUUGAUCUUGGUCAUGACCUUGAUUGGUUUAGGUCUUCGUACUCUUGUCAAGGAAUAUACGUUGGACGGCAAAGCGACCAGAUUCUCAUUGAUCAUCUUUACUCCGCCACUAUUCUGCAUUGCGUCAUAUGCCUGCAUGUGUGUGAUCGGGUCCAUAUUCCAAAUUCUUGGCCCCAUUCGUCAAGUCACUCAAAAAUCUAGAUAUUUCAGUGGUAUCGCGCCCAAGCGUACCAUGGGCGAUUUACCCCAUAUCACAGUACAGUUGCCCGUGUACAAGGAGUCUCUAGAGGAAGUCAUCAUGCCAACCAUUGAGUCUCUCAAGAAAGCCAUCACCACCUAUGAGCGACAAGGUGGUUCCGUGGGGGUCUUGGUCUGUGACGAUGGCUUGCAGCUUCUCUCUCAAGCUGAAGCUGACCGCCGUCGUCGAUUCUAUUUCAACAACAGCAUAGCAUUCGUUGCGAGACCCGGCCAUGGAGUGGAUGGAUUCGUGCGAAAGGGGCGUUUCAAAAAGGCAGGAAAUAUGAACUUCGCGGCCGCUCUCUCUCUCAGAGUUGAAGAGAUCAUGGAUGACAUUCGCCCAGUCAACUCUGUGGACCAUCCUUGGAAUGACAUCGACGAAAACAAGAUAUACGAGCAUGCGUUGGAGAUGGCUCUUGCAGAGAAAGAGGGAAAGGCUUGGGCUGAAGGCAAUAUACGAUUUGGCGAAAUCAUUCUCAUCAUUGACUCCGACACGAGAGUCCCUGAAGAUUGUUUUGCCGACGCCGUCACUGAGAUGAAAGAAAGCCCGGAAGUCGCAAUCAUUCAACACAUGUCUGGUGUGAUGCAAGUUGCCAACCAUUUUUUUGAAAAUGGAGUUGCACAUUUCACACGAGGCAUUCAGCACGCUAUCUCUUAUUGCUGUGCCAGUGGAGAGGUGGCUCCCUUUGUCGGACACAAUGCUUUUCUUCGCUGGUCUGCACUGCAAGAAUGUAUGUCGAUUGACCCAGACGACGGCGUCAGCAAGAUAUGGUCGGAGGAUCAUGUGUCGGAAGACUUUCAGAUUGCCGUGACGCUCCAAAUGCGGGGCUACACAGUACGAUGGGCGACUUAUAGUGGAGGCGAAUUUGAAGAAGGAGUCUCAUUAACAUGCGAUGACGAGCUGAAUAGGUGGCAGAAAUACGCAUUUGGGUGCUCUGAAUUGCUCUUCCAUCCUAUUCGUCAUUGGUUGUAUAAAGGUCCAAUUACACCCCUUUUCAAACAAUUCGUAUGGUCAAACAUCGCUGUACAUUCAAAAUUCACCAUUUGCGGCUACAUCUUUUCCUACUAUGCCAUCGCCUGCGCAUGGUUCUUGUCAGUCGCAAAUUACUUCAUCGCUGGCUUCGAUCGUAAGUUUUGCGAUAGAUAUCUUCCGUCAUGGGAAGUAAAUCUGGUUUGCAUCAUUCUUUUUGUGGGAUUGUGUAACGUAGCUUUCAUUGUCCUGCGAUAUCGCCUGAAGAUUCCAGAUUGUUCCAAGCUCGCUUUCGACCAAAUCAAAUGGGUCCCCUUUUUUUCAAUCUUCUUCACAGGCAUGUCGAUGCCCAUGUCGGCCGCUUUGUUCAGCCAUUUAGUCGGAUGGUCCACAACCAUCAAAACGGUGGAGAAAAGUAAUUUCUUCUUGCAACUUCCUAUCAUAUGGCGACGAUUCUGGCCCCAACUGGUUUUUUUCUCCGCAUGUGCUGCCAUGAUGGUUGUCACAUCAUCUCCCCUGAUGCCCUCCGGAUUCCGAGUACAUAACAUCGAGGUUUAUGUCCCUAUGGGCAUUCUCACAGCGUCGCAUCUACUUUAUCCAUUCGCCCUGAAUCCCUGGUUCCUGAGUUUCUCAGUGGGUUCCUACUUUACAUUGCAAAACACGCUGAUGUUAACAUACCACAUUCUCCAGUUCUGA